AGGGGCGGGGCGGCGACUGAGAGGGAAAGGCUUCCGCCCUCCGAGGCCCAGGACCACGCCAUGGAGCCCGGCGGAGGCAGCUCUUCCGUGGCGCCUGCCCGGCCGCGCGUGGUGAUCGUGGGCGCGGGGAUGGCCGGCCUGGCCGCGACCCAGCGCCUCCUCCUCAGCGGCGGCGGCUCGCGGCACUUCUCCGGCCUGCGCUUGCUCGAGGCCUCCGGGAGAGCGGGCGGCCGCAUCCGCUCCGUCCCCUUCGAAAAUAAGGUGGUUGAGCUUGGUGCCCACUGGAUCCAUGGGCCUUCAAGGGAGAACCCUGUAUUCCAGCUUGCUUCAGAGCACGGAUUAUUAGAUGACGAUGCCAUGUCUGAGGAGAACCAACAGGUGGAAGCAGGGGGACAUCCUGUGUGGUCAUCAGUCUCCUAUUCCAGCCAGGGCCAGUUGCUGAGCUCUGAAAUAAUCGAAUCCAUGAGGAUCCUCUUUUUUACUCUCUUAGAAGAAUCACGUGAGUUCCUGCACGCAGACAAAGUCCCCGUACAAAGUGUGGGUGAAUACAUGAAAAAAGCAAUUGUUCAACGGAUGAAGGAAUGGACCGAUGAUGAAAAGACAAAAUCCUUGAAGCUGUCUAUCCUCAACCUGUAUUUCAAGUUGGAGUGCUGUGUGAGUGGAACUCACAGCAUGGAUCUGGUGGGACUGGGGCCCUUUGGGGAGUACAGAAUGCUGCCUGGCCUGGACUGUACCUUUCCCAAUGGUUAUGAAGGACUCACGAACCGCAUAAUGGCAUCUUUACCCAAAGGGACUGUGCUCUUUGAUAAGCCAGUGAAGACUAUUUAUUGGGGGAGCUCCUACUUGGAAGAGUCCACAGGGUGCCUUUUUGGAGUUCAAGUGGAAUGUGAAGAUGGCGAGAAAUUCUUCGCUGACCAUGUCAUCCUCACAGUGCCUCUAGGGUUCCUCAAAGAACACUACAAGACCUUUUUCUAUCCUCCGCUUCCAUCCCAGAAAGUGGCAGCAAUAAAAAACCUGGGAUUUGGAACAAACAACAAAAUAUUUUUGGAAUUUGAGCAGCCAUUCUGGAAGCCAGAUUGUGAACUUGUUGAGGUGGUAUGGCUGGAUGAAUCGCCUUUGGUUGAACCACCUAGUGAUUUGAAGACUACCUGGUUUCAAAAAAUCCCUGCCUUCAUUGUUCUCCAUCCUCCAGAAAGGUAUGGACAUGUCCUCCUUGGCUUCGUUGCUGGGAAAGAAUCUGAAUUCAUGGAAACUCUUACAGACACUGAGGUUCUCACAACCUUAACACAAGUAUUUCGUAGAGUAACAGGAAAUCCACAGCUUCCUCCACCAAGGAGUAUCCUGAGAUCUAAAUGGCACAGCGAGCCCUAUACCAAAGGUUCUUACAGUUAUGUGAGUGUUGACAGCUGUGGAGAUGACAUUGAUGUCCUUGCUCAACCCCUUCCUGAAGAAACAUAUAAUUCUAAGCCACCUGGGCUCCUUUUUGCAGGGGAAGCCACACAUCGCACUUUCUAUUCAACAACCCAUGGGGCUUUGCUGUCUGGCUGGAGAGAAGCAAAUCGUCUUAUUCACAUCUAUGACAAGCCUGAAUCCCUACAUGCUAUGCUGUAAGCAGCUAACAGCAACUCUCUUUUGUUGAUGAUUGUCUCAUCAGUAAUCAUUAGACAACUUGUAGCCCCCCAAAACACAUUUUGAUCUGCCUGAUAAACAUGCUGGGUCUUUCUUGCAUUUGUGAUUUGGGGAACCAGAAUAAAAAAAACAUGUCUUUCAGUAUUGUAUGCCACAAAGAUAAUUCAGUUAAAAAUAAAUGUCUCUUUAUGCUGCUUUUAUUUCCACUACUUCUGGCCAUGGAAUAUACGGGCAGUCCCUGAGUUACAAACAUCCAACUUACAAAUGACUCAGAGUUAAGAACGGAGGUGAGACAGUAGGAAGUGAGAGAAAUGUACCCAUAUGAAGAGAAUUCCACUUCUGAAAGAGUUCUCAUGGGGAAAAGAUAUCUGAACUGAAGCUUUUUCAUCAAUCCUUGUUUCUACAACAAGCCAAUUUUUCCAAAAUCCAAUGAUUGCAGAGAUAGAAAGUGAGGUGAAAUCUUCUGAACAGGGGCACAGACAACAAAACAAACCCCGCAAGGGUGUUAACCCCUCACUAUGCUAUCCAAAGUUCACUCUCUAUGUGUGUGUGUGUGUAUGUAUGGCUGGACUUACACUUUAAAAUGCACCUGUUCCGUCUUACAUAUAAAUUCACUUAAAAACAAAUCUCCAGGACCUAUCUCGUUCGUAACUUGGGGACUGCCUGUAACUAUGUUUUCCUGUAUGAUCCAGUACAGAUAAUUAACCAGCACAGGAUGGCCCUCCAGGCUGUUACCAAAUUGCAGAUACCAACAUUUUUUACCACUGACUGUACUGGCUAUCAUUGGUGUGAAUUACAGUUCAACAACAUCUGAAAUGACCUUUUCAAACUGACUUUUCCAUAAAAAGACAAUAUAUUGAAGUA